UAGUUCCUCUCUGCCCCCAGCUCUACGAAACAGUUAACUUGUGGCUGUGAGACCAUCCUAUCUCCCUGCCUGCCCAACAAUAGAUCCAGCUAAACAAAUGCCUCCUAAUUGACUUUAAGCAACACUUGAUUGCUUUUACAAAAAACAAAAGAGAGGAAAACAUUAGGGUUUAUGAAAUAAUGACUAAUCCUGGAGCAAGAGAAAGGGGAUGGGUUGGAGCACUGGUGUCAAACAGAGAUUCAAUCUUGGCUGAAAGAGCCCCAAGACACAUAGGCCAAGUCAUUCAUCCCUCCCCAACUGCCCUCAUUUCCACACCUGCUGAUCUAAGCCAAACCCCUGCUAAAAUACAAACAAUCGGGGCCGCUGGCAAAUGAAAAUUGGAGCAUUGUCUUCCCCAUGAGGGCUCUGAAAGGGCCGAACUUAAUGAGGAUGGAUUGACAAAGAGGUGGCUCGUAGGCUAUAAAAGGCAUUCCACAGUCAGGAGCAGCUCAGUCCGGGGUGUGCUGUCGGUUCACUUGCUCCAAGCAUGGUCACGUCCCCUCGCAGGCACCCCUCGAGGUUGGGUGGCCCGUGGCUCCUGGGUCUCCUGGCACGCCUGCUGCUCUGGGGCUCUCCAGGUGCCUGGGCGAGCUACCUGAGGAGAUCCUCCAGCUGCAUGCCCAUCCCACACCACAUGGCCCUGUGCUACGAUAUUGGCUACUCUGAGAUGAGGAUUCCCAACCUGCUGGAGCAUGAGACCAUGACAGAAGUCAUCCAGCAGUCUUCCAGCUGGCUGCCCUUGCUGGCCAGGGAAUGCCAUCCAGACGCUAGGAUUUUCCUCUGCUCCCUCUUUGCACCGAUCUGCUUGGACAGGCUCAUCUAUCCCUGCCGCAGCCUCUGUGAAGCCGUCAAGAGAAGCUGUGCGCCCGUCAUGGCUUGUUACGGCUAUCCCUGGCCUGAAAUCCUGAACUGCAACAAGUUCCCUGCAGAUCAUGAGCUGUGCAUUGCAGCAGUCUCCAUGGAUGAAAAUUCCUCAAGCAGGAGAAUGCCCCGAGCCAGCUGCAAGGACUGUGAGCUUGAGGAGGCCAGCACUGCCAGGGAGAUCCUAGAAAGCCUCUGUGCAAAUGAUUUUGCAGUGAAAAUCCGAAUCCUGAGGAAGAACACCACCACCACUAUCUCGGACUUCGACCUGGACCCCUCCAAGGUGGAGGUGCUGAAGCAUGGCCCGCUCCUCAGAACUGAAAUCCCUGCCAGGCUCCAGCAGUGGCUGGACAUAGAUGCCACCUGUGCCCACAACAUCAUGAGAGGCACUCAGGCAGGGGUCUUCGUUGUAAGUGGUGAAGUACAGAGUGACAAAGUGGUGGUGAACAAGGCCUAUGCCUGGCAGAAGAGGAACAGGAACCUGCACCAGGCAGUGCGGAGGUGGAAACAUCACCGCUGCCCUGAACAGGUGGGAUGGAAGGUCUGAAAAA